AUGGAGGCCGCGGAGGCAGCCGCGCGCGCGUUCCUCGCCCCGGACGAGACCGGCGCGGCGUUCCUCUCCAGGAACCUCACGGAUCCCAUGCUCACCGGGAUCCCGUUCGUGGACGCGCACGGGAGCCUGCGCGCGGGGCAGAUGCUCGAGGUGUGCGGCGUCGGCGGCAGCGGGAAGACGGAGAUCUUGAUGCAGGCGGCGGUGAACUGCGCGCUGCCGAAGGCGCGCGGGGGGGUGAGCUUCGGCGGGUGCGAGGGCGGCGUGCUCCUGUUGGAUCUGGACGGGAAGUUCGACACGCUGCGCUUCCUGAAGAUCCUCACGUCGCGCGUGAAGGACGCGGUGAUCAGAGGGAGAUCUGCGACGAUGAAACAAAAUGAAACCGCAGCCGGCGCGCCGUCGCAGCCGCGGAAAACGCCGCCGCUGGACGCCGAGUCCGAGGCGCUGAUCGACGCCGUGUACGCGGAGUGCGUCGGGAGGUUCCAUAUGCUUCGAUGCCACGGCUCGCUGGACUUCUUGAAGGCGCUGACGGUCGUCGAGCGCGCGUUCGUGGAGGCGGAGGCGGAGCGCGAGCGUCGCGACGCCGCGGACGCGUCGGCGGAUGAUGCGGCGGACGCGUCGGCGGCGCGAACGCGCGCGCGCGCGCAAACGCAAACGCGGCGGCUGCUGCUCAUAGACAACAUCGCGGCGUUCUACUGGCUCGACCGCGCGUCGCGGCGGGAGCAGGGCGCGCCGUUAUCCCUCCACGCCGUCCACCACGCGUUCGCCGCGAAGCUGCUGGCGCUGAGGCGCGUUCUAUGUAUUUCACACUGGUCCCCAUACGACCGCUGCCGCGCGCCCAUCGUGGUGACCAAAGCCACCGUCGGCGGCGGCGGCGCGGGGGCGACGCAGACGCACAAGGACUUCCUCCCGCCGACGUGGACGUCCGCGGUGACGCAGCGGCUCGUCCUGGACGUGGAGAAGAGUCGCGGCGGGGGCCCACACGGCGGUGGCGUGUCGUUCGUCGCGAGGUGGGACUUUCCUCGCGGGCGGUCGCGCGCGAGGUACGACGUCGACGGCGACGAAGGGAUCAAGUGCAGGGCGGCGUGA